AGCUAAGCGAUUAUUACAUGUUUCAUUUUCGCGGUGACUUUUGUUGAUUUUUUCCGCCUUGUUUUCUCAAUCCAGAUCUUGGCAACCGCCGGAUCGGUUCCUUUUGUGGGCAAUCGGCGAUCUUAGCUCCCGGUGGAGGGGUUUUUCGUCACUCAACUCGGCGGAUUUAAUCUUCUAGGAUAUUUCUAUGACGACUUGUUCGAUCAGAAUCGGUGGGCGGAGAGAAGCAUUCAUUGAAUCUGUUUUCGCAGGUGCCGGUCGCUUUGCCGAGGUUGUGUGUGGUGUCUGGGUGGCGGUGCCGCGCUCCGAAUCGCUAUGAUUUGAUUUUUUAGGGCUUCUAGAUCUGAGAUUGAAGGACUGAUCGUGCCACUCUACUGUGAUCGAAUUCGUUGUUCGUUCUGUCCGUUUUUUAUUUUGGGGUGGAUGAGAGUUGUCAUGCUAAAUUCUGGUGAUUUGCGUUAGGGGAUUGAUAAUCUAGAGAUCUGUGGCUUUGUUCCCAUUUGAUUGUUGUGGGUGUACCAAGGACAGAAUACUAAAUCAUGGAUCACGUGAUCGGUGGAAAAUUUAAGCUGGGAAAAAAAAUUGGAAGCGGUUCUUUUGGCGAGCUCUAUCAUGGCGUUAACAUACAAAGUGGAGAAGAAGUGGCAGUUAAGCUGGAAUCUGUGAAGACCAAGCAUCCUCAGCUUCAUUAUGAGUCAAAGGUGUAUACACUUCUCCAAGGAGGAACCGGAAUCCCCCAUCUGAAAUGGUUUGGUGGAGAAGGAGAAUACAACAUCAUGGUCAUUGAUAUUCUUGGUCCUAGUCUUGAAGAUUUGUUCAACUACUGUAACCGAAAGUUCUCGUUGAAAACAGUCUUAAUGCUUGCAGAUCAGUUAAUAAACCGGGUGGAGUAUAUGCACUCAAAGGCUUUUCUUCAUCGCGAUAUAAAACCAGAUAAUUUUCUUAUGGGCCUUGGCCAUAAAGCAAAUCAGGUUUAUAUUAUUGAUUAUGGUCUCGCAAAGAAGUACAGGGAUUUCCAAACUCAUAAGCACAUACCUUACAGGGAGAAUAAGAACCUUACAGGAACUGCAAGAUAUGCAAGUGUUAAUACACAUAUAGGGAUUGAGCAAAGCCGAAGAGAUGAUUUGGAAUCUCUUGGUUACGUGCUUAUGUAUUUUUUAAGAGGAAGCCUUCCUUGGCAAGGGCUUAAAGCUGGCAAUAAAAAGCAAAAGUAUGACAAAAUUAGUGAGAAGAAAGUGAUAACCUCUGUGGAGGCACUUUGCAAGUCAUUUCCCUCAGAAUUUACAUCUUAUUUCCACUACUGUCGAUCCUUGCGUUUUGAGGACAAGCCGGAUUAUUCAUACUUGAGGAGGCUAUUCCGUGAGCUAUUUAUUCGAGAAGGGCAUCAAUUUGAUUAUGUUUUUGACUGGACCAUAUUGAAAUAUCCUCAGAUGGGCGCUAGACCUCGAUUGCGUCAAGUGAAUGAUAGGAGUGGAGCUAUUGCUCCAUUCCCUGAAAGGCCAGAAGGAACUUCAGGACCUGUUGUGCGUGAUAGAUUCUCAGGUGCCAUUGAAGCAUUUGCUUGGAUGAAUGCCUCAGGCUCUGGUCAUCAAGGCGAAAAUUCCAAGCGCAAAUCUCCUAAUCAUGUCCUCUUUUCGUCAAAGCAAGCUGUUGAUCCUGAGAAAACACGACCAUCAUCGCGCAAUGGAAGCACUUCAAGGAGGGCUGCUGUGUCAAGCAGCAGACCCAGUUCUAUCGAACCUAGCAACGCCCAUAACGGCAGAAUAAGUGGGAUAUUUUCAAGUGGCAGCCGACCAUCUAGUAGUCAUCAAAGAGUUCAACAGCCUGCAGUGGAUUCUAGGCCAUCAUCCAUCUCCAGAUCAGCUGCUGUUAGAGGUACUCGCAACGAAUCUUUUCUACGCAGCUUCGACCUCCUCUCUCUCGGUACUGAGAAGGCAAGAAGUGGAAGUAAACAGAAAGCAAAGCAAACUCCUUUCCUUCUGCCAUAAGAUGUACCUUCAAAGAUUCCCUGAGUUACAAUAGUGCUCCACACCUUUUAUGGUGAUGCCUUUGAGCACAUUGUUUCCUGCCUGAUGGCAAGUUACAAACUUCGGAAACAUUCCGACUGAGACUAGUAAGCAAAUUAAUGCACAAUGUUGGCGAUCUUGGGCAAUAAAGCGCCUAAGAGCCAGUGAUAUCGUGUUCUUAUAUUGUUGUUUUUAAGAGUAAUAUAUUAAUAUUAGGAUAUCUUGGCUA